AAUUAGGGGUUAAAGAGGAUAAGUGGUCGAACAAGUUUCCUUUACUGGUACGUUUGACAUGCACAUUGCAUCACCUGUCGACAUUGCGUGCUAACGUUUAAUUGACAAAACUCACUUGUGUUUGUCACUGCAGCAUUAUCUAACCACACUCGUAUAAUAAAUAUGGAGAACGUACUGCAGUAUUGUCUAACAUUCCAACGCAGAAGGAAAAAACCACACCGCUUGACCUAGAAGAAAGUCCACCAUACGUAAAUUAUGAAGAGAGCAGAGCUCGUAUUCAUUCCCACACCAUCUACCGGCCAUCUAGUAUCCACAAUCGAGUUCUCAAAACGAUUGUUGGAUCGAUGCGAUCAAUUCUCUGUGACAAUUCUCUUAAUGAAAUCACCAUUUGGGGUCGCUGCGGAUCAGUCACUUCCUGCAGCCUCCAACACCAACAUAAAGCUCAUCCAUCUUCCCAACAUAAACCCCCCAAUCAAGCUCGACUCCGUCGAAAAAUUCCUCAGCGAUUACAUCGAGACCUACAAGCACCAUGUCAAGGACACUAUUCUCAACCAGGUGUUACCCAACUCGUCUCGAAUUGCGGGAGUGGUUAUUGACAUGUUCUGCACCACCAUGAUUGACAUAGCCAAUGAGCUCAAGGUUCCAUCCUUUCUCUUCUUCACUUCUGGCGCCGCUUUUCUUGGGUUGUUGCUUUGCCUUCCCGAACGGUACGACCUAGUCGGCAAAGAGUUUGUACACUCGGAUCCCGACUCGAUCGUACCGAGUUAUGUCAACCCAGUUCCCACAAAUGUGUUGCCAGGAUUUGUGUUCAACAACGGUGGUUAUGUUUCAUUUGCAAGCCAUGCUAGGAGGUUCAAAGAAACCAAGGGUGUGAUCAUCAACACGUUGGUUGAACUCGAAUCUCAUGCAGUUCAUUCGAUUUUUAGAGUUGGUGAAGGUGAUCAAAGUGAUCAGCCAUGGCCGGCUGUAUACCCAGUUGGACCCUUGAUUGACACCAAGGGUGAGCAUCAAGUUAGGUCUGAUCGUGACAGGAUCAUGGAAUUUCUUGAUAAUCAGCCUCCAAAAUCAGUGGUCUUCCUCUGCUUUGGGAGUUUUGGAAGCUUUGAUGAAGCUCAACUGAGAGAAAUAGCAAUUGGACUAGAGAAAAGUGGCCAUAGGUUCUUGUGGUCCGUACGUCAAAGACCACCCAAGGGAAAGACAGAAUUCCCAGGUGAAUACAAAAACUAUGAAGAUUUUUUGCCACAAGGAUUCUUGGAGAGGACAAAAGGAGUUGGAAUGUUGUGUGGAUGGGCACCACAAGUAGAGGUUUUAGGCCACAAAUCAACUGGGGGAUUUGUGUCACACUGCGGGUGGAACUCUAUAUUGGAGAGUUUGUGGUAUGGUGUACCUAUCGUGACUUGGCCAUUGUAUGCAGAGCAACAGGUAAAUGCUUUUUUGAUUGCGAGGGAUUUGGGGUUGGGAGUGGAGCUGAGAUUGGAUUACGUAUACGGCAGUGGUGAUUUUGUGUCUGCUGAUGAGAUUGAGAGAGCUGUGACAGGACUGAUGGUUGGUGAUAGUGAGAUUAGGAAGAGGGUUGUUGAAAUGAGUGAAAUGUGUAGGAGGGCAGUUGAUGAUGGUGGUUCUUCAUCUACUUCGCUUGGAAGCUUGAUCAAGGUUCUAAAGACUGGAUCAGGCGCUGAGCAUUGUCCUGGUUGAAUGUUGGAGGAGAAUAAGAGGAAGAAUGGAGAGACUUGAAUGGCAGUGAGGAGGGCGAGAAUUGAGCG